UGUAUCUAGUCGGGAUUAGAGCUGAACAAGCAGCGUUGGUAAAAUGAUCAGAACAGUUUCAACUGCUGUGUUUUUGUUGUUUGGAGCUGCAGUCCUUGCGGGACCUGCUGGAUUCAACCCGGAACGGCUCGGUCGCCUGAUCAAGGUUUGCACCAAGGGAGCGAACGUGACCCGGGAGCUCGUGGAGGGCUACAAACGGCUGGAGUUUCCGGCGGAUCCGGACACCAAGUGCGUCAUGCGUUGCAUCGGACUCAAUAUGGGCGUGUACGACGAUCUGACGGGAGUUCACAUGGACGCCACCUGGCAGAUGUUCCGCUCGGGGAGGAAGGAUUUUGAGAAGAAGGCGUACGUCGAUGAGCAUUUAGGGUGUAUUCGGGGGAAUUUGAAGUCCUUGGCGGAUGAUGCGUAUUGUGAGCGCGUUUACGGAUCUUAUUUAUGCUACAAGGAAGAAUUCGAACGACUGACUAUGGGAUCUGCGAAGAGUAAGAAAAACUAGUCACAUGUGUUACAUUGUAAUGAAAAUAAAAGCUUUCUCCAAUUUGA